CGUCGUAGUCGUCUCUCUGUUUGCGCAACCGUGGAAGGAAAGUUUCGCCGGAAGAAGUUUUGCUCCGUCGCUGAAAAUUUUCGGCUCCAAAUUUCCGAUAGAUAGAGAAGAAGGCAGCAGGAAAGUCCAGAUUCUCAAUUGGGGUUUUCCUUUACUUGAAUAUGGUUGUAGAAUCUCUCGAGAGUUCCUGUGAGGUUUCAAAGAGGAAACAUGGAGACGGUGGUGACGGAAUUAGAAUCCUCCUCGAUGAGUUUAGCAAUGGAGACGUGAAUUCUGUAUCUAGUGUUUCAUCCAAAAGAGCUAAGGUUUCAAGAGAAAUGACGUUUCAAGAAGAUAGUGAUUGGGAGCCUAUGCAGCAGACAAAGCCUGUUGAGUCUGUGAAGUGGUUUUGCGUCAAUUGCACUAUGCCAAACCCUGGUGAUAUGGUCCACUGUUAUAUGUGUGGUGAGCACAAGGAGUCUGGCAUCCUGAGUCAUGGAUGUUUUGCAUCUCCGUUUUGCAAAGAUAAUGGUCUCACCCAAGUUGAAGAGAAACGUGGAGGUAGCUCGCCUUCAACCAGCUCAACAGCUGUUGGUUUCGACGAGAGAAUGUGGCUACACUCUGAAUUCGAAGUGAAGGAACUUCCACAUGUUGAGAGACCUGACCGUCUUCCAGCUAUAGCUGCCAGUCUCGCCACAGCUGGCGUUUUUCCUGGAAGAUGCUUUCCUAUCCAUGCAAGGGAAAUCACUAAACAAGAACUCCAGAUGGUACACACUUCAGAGCAUGUUGAUGCUGUUGAUACUACAAGCCAGCUUCAACAUAGCUACUUCACCUCUGACACAUAUGCUAAUGAGUAUUCAGCACGUGCUGCUAGACUUGCAGCAGGUUUGUGCGCUGAUCUAGCUAAAGAAAUCUUCUCUGGCCGUGUCAAAAAUGGUUUCGCUUUGGUUAGACCUCCAGGUCAUCACGCUGGCAUCAAAGAUGCUAUGGGGUUUUGCCUUCACAAUAAUGCAGCUGUUGCUGCAUUAGUAGCACAAGCAGCAGGGGCAAGGAAGGUGCUCAUUGUGGACUGGGAUGUCCAUCAUGGAAAUGGAACUCAAGAGAUAUUCGAAAAAAACAAAUCUGUAAUGUACAUUUCCUUGCACAGACAUGAAGGAGGAAAGUUCUAUCCGGGUACUGGAGCUGCUAAUGAGCGCCAUAUGAGAGAGGCGGUUGUGACUCAGGGGGCCGUGGAUGCGGAGGCUGUCGUGGUGGAUGAGGCACCUCCGUCUGAGUUCGCGUUUAAUUUCAGCUACUCCGGUGAUGGUUCGCUUCUCGAUGACAAAGAAGCUUGUGGGGAACUGUUCCGUUUGUUCCGUCUUGAACCUGAUCCGUCCAGAGAUCUCUCCCCUCCUGAUGAGACCAAUUUGUACAAUGAGUAUGCUCUCAGUGUUGCUAGGUCAAUAGCGAGUGUGAACGCGAUGGUAGCUGAGUAUGAGAAUGCGCUCAGGACUGCUAGGGCUGACCUUGAAGAGCAGAAAAAGGAGCUUGAGGAGAUGGCCUCGCUGCGCAGAGAGCUGGAAGAAGAGAGAAAAAGCGCAUGAAGAAGGAGGCUAAGGUCUUAAAGUCUGGAGUUAAACGUCUCAGGAAGUCACGGACUGAUUGUGUUGCGAGGGAGAAGAUGUACAAUGAGCUGGUUGCCAAGUCUGCUUCUUGUUUUGAGAAGAUGAGGAAGUCGAUUGUAUUAGAGCUGAACCAGGUAUCAGGAAUCCUCUCUGCUGAUCGUGCGACUCUGGCGGAUAGUGACGACGAUGAUGAUGAGCACGAGAUUUAACGAGCUGUUAGGAAGAUGAUUCUUAUGUGGUUAUUGUAAUUUUGCCUUUUGGUGUUGGAGAAAAAUGCAAAAAAGAUGCUAGAGAAGCAUCUUCCUAAUCCCUAAUACUAUUCAUUGCAGAACACUGAUCUUAGUCAAACUCGAUUCUGUUCAAAAAUGAAGUGUUGUUUUUGUCUGAAA